UCUUGAGCCACGAACGCUGCGUUUAAGUUUUCAAAUCUGCCCGCUUGCAUACAUAGCGGUGUAUUUCCACGACCAUAGCGCCUCCUGGCGGUGAAUCUUUUCUGCUCCUCUAUCCACCUUGCUUUUUGCUGCUCUUUGCUUUGCUUUGCUUCAUUGCUUCCCACUCGAAGCAGAAGCAGACAAGUUGGAGUUUACAAAGCCGGCUGACGUUUUUAAAGUUUUCAUCUUAAACCCAUAAACGGUAAAUUAUUUCGAAACUCUUACAUAAAAUUCUAACAUGAUACAUUUAUCAAAUGUUCAAGAUCAGCUUGUCAACUACAUUUUCAGCUCCUAAGCUACAACAAUUCCGUUUAUUUUCAGUGAUGGAAGAAAUCUUGAAAUCUAUCCCAACCGUUCUCAUCGACAGUGAAGGAGUUUUCAAAUAUGUGCUUAUCAAGGUGCAUAGGAAAGAAGAAGUUGUUGAUGAAAGAGAGAAGCUGAUUGUACGUGGAUUUAAGUGGGGAGCGUUUCAUGCUGACAUCUAUGAAGAGACUCAAGAGAAAAUUGAGAAACUUGGCUUUGAAACUGAAUGUGUCGGUGGAGGGCGAAUUGAGCACAACCCUGCUGAAAAGAAACUUAAGGUGUAUGGGUAUUCUCAAGGCUAUGGCCGGGCUGAUCAUGAAAUAACUACUAAUCUCAUUAAGAAAGACUACCCUGACUACAAUGUUUCCUGGACAAACGACGGGUAUUAAUUGCAUUCAAUUUUAUUUAUUGGUUCUGUCAAAUGUUUAAUAUUGUAAGUUAUAUUUUUUAUCUUAACAUUAAUGUCAAAUGUGAUGUAUUACAUAUCUUUUGCAACCAUUUAAUGAACUAAUUAAAACAGUAAAAAAAAAAGUAAUUGUCUUAAAUGGUAAAAUAGACCAAUGUUACCAACAA